CGUAAACCGUAUAAACUUCUCAGUCUCUUCACUUGAGCAGAGCGGAGUGGUACACCAUCGUGGCCUUGUGCCGUCGUGCGGAGGUGCUUCGAUAGUGAAAAAAAAAAAAAAAAAAAUGGCAGUACAACAUUUCGGACCCUUAACCAAGCUAUCUGAUAUCUUGGGCACCUCGCCGGAUGCACUUGGACUUUUUAUUUCAAUUCUCUUAGGUUUUCCAGUCGCACUACUUCACAGAAAAUACUUUUUUGGGAAAAACCCACAGUACCAACAUUAUUUCUUUACUGCCUGUGGUUUUGUAAUUGGUUUUUUGAAUUAUGAUUGGAAUAUUCUACACUCGUUAGCAGCUUUGCUUGGCACAUAUUUAGUACUGAAAUUAUAUGGAGGCACGUCAAAGUCAGUUAUAAUAUGUUUCAUAUAUAAUCUUGGCUAUUUACUAGUGGGUUAUUACACAACAGCCACUGAUGAUUACGACAUUAAAUGGACUUUGCCGCAGUGUGUGCUAACUUUAAGGCUCAUUGGUCUUGCCUUUGAUGUAUUUGAUGGCAGACAGCCAGAGAACAAAAAGCCGAUGGCCUUACAUCAGUGUCCAUCUUUGCUAGAAGUUGCCGCUUAUACCUAUUUUCCUGGCUCAUUUUUAGUUGGCCCUCAAUUUAGCAUGAAACGAUAUUUGGACUAUGUCAAUGGAAAGCUUGUAGAGACAGAAGCAGAUAGUGAGGGCCGAAAAAUAGCGCCAAAUUCCUUGCUGCCUGGCAUAAAGCGAGCCUCACUUGGUUUCCUUUAUAUAUUCAUGUAUCAAGUCGGAAGGUAUUACGUAUCUGACCAGUACUUGCUAAGCUCAGAGUUCGAUAAUUUGGGAUUUUUGAAGCGCUGUUUUCUUGUUGGGCUCUGGGCAAGGUGCAAUCUGUACAAGUACAUCAGCUGCUGGCUUAUUGCGGAGGGGGUGUGCAUUGCUUUUGGUUUGACGUAUAAUGGCAAAGACAAUAAUGGCAAAGAUAAAUGGGAUGGCUGUGCUAAUGUUGAACUCAUUACUUUCGAAAAUGCAACAGAGUUCAAUCAUUACAUUUUGUCGUUCAACGUUAAUACUAAUCACUGGGCUGCCGAAUACAUAUACAAGAGGUGUAAGUUCCUUGGCUCAAAGCUUUACAGUCAAUUAGCAACUUUGAUCUUCCUCGCCAUCUGGCACGGUUUUCAUAGUGGAUACUAUGCUUGCUUCUUCAUGGAAUUUAUCAUUAUGUAUUUUGAAAAAGACUUGAAACCUGUGUUGCUGAAGCAUAGCAAACUACAGUAUCUCAUAAAAGAGAGCUUCCUGUUUCGAAUUUUGGUCUGGUCAGUCCUUAAAGUUUACACGUUCGUCUUUAUGGGUUAUAGUAUGAUUUCUUUUAUUCUUCUAUCUUAUUCGCGUUACAUGAAAGUAUACUCUAGUUUUUACUUUAUGGGACACAUCAUUUUUCUAUCUUAUCCGAUAUUUGCACCUUUUAUAAAAAAGGCACUAAUGCCUCAGAGAAGCGAGCGAGAACAUACUGAUUAAUAGUGAAAUAGGCUUAACAGACGUUGUUUUCUUGUACAAAGUAAUAUUUAUAGAUUUGUUUGCUUCCUUGAUAGCGGUUCAAACGAUAUUUCAGUAAUAUUUUUUGGCUUCCUAAUGAUUCUACAUUAACUCGUAACAUGGUCCGUUCCCCAUUUUUUUUCUUUCACGAUAACUUUUUAAUACACACUAAUAUGGGGUAAAAGAUUUUUCCUCUUUACAGAAAAAUCUUAUAAAUUCAUAAAUAAAUAGAAAAUCAAUUGAAAGCAUGUAAUACUUGAAAAGAAGAUAUUUUUAAGAGAAUUAUUACAAAUUCUAUCAAAAGCGUUAUAUAGUAACUGUUAUAAUUUAUAAAUACCGCAUAGAGCUCAAAGAUUCAAAAACAAUGAAGAAUCAAUUUUAUUACACUAAAUGAGGUAAGAUUUUAAAUACAAUAAAAAGUAUGGUAAUAGACAAAACAUUUUUGUAACACUAAAGAAUGCUAUGUUCGAUAGAAAAAAAUUUUUCUUUCACCUAAUAAGAGUACAUUCUGUUAUAAUGUAAUUACUAAAUUUUUUAGAAUAUGUGAUUGUUCAAUUGAUUAUUGCAUUUUAGCUUGUGAAAAUGUUUAUAAGUUAUUCCAAUGGUGUGGUAAAGUUUUAUUAUAAAAAAGUGAUAAAAAUAGUAAUGCUACUUUUUUUUAUGUAAAAGCAUGCUCAAAUUAAAAAAAAAAAAAGUAGCAAGUACUACCAAGUAUUUUUACACAAUCUUUCUGCUUUAAAUACGUACGAAAAAUAACUAACACAAUAACCAUACAAGUAAUUUUAUAGCAUAAAUAAAACAGAGUUUUCAAUUUGAAACAGUAUUUUUUUUUUUAAAUAGUUAAUAUACGUAUACACCAGAGAAACAAUUUUUAAAUCGCUUAGUAAUAAUGUUGAAAAAAUGAGUAUCAGCGUUUUACAAUUUUAUAUAUUCUAUAUAUGGAAGUAAAACAGAAACCACAUAAAUUCUAGUGCGUUGCCAAAGCAGCUAUUUUUUAUACAUAUUUGAAGAUAAAAAAAAUCUAUGAUAAUUAACGAUCACAUGCGUACGAUUUUAAUUUUUCACCGUAAAGCACAAUUUCUAUAAAUGAGAAUGUAUGCAAUUAACGUUGCUUACCGAAUACAUCGUUAGGUUCGUCAAACAACCUAACAUAGACCAAUGAAAAUUUGCUGUAAAAGAUAAAUAAUUGUUGUUCAUGAUAAAGUCUGACGCAUAAGAUUUUAAUUAAUGUAAAUAAACGUCAAUAAUGUGAUAAAACAAUACUGCAUAAAAUA